CGCAAACACACUACAUGAAGGCGAGUGAAGAUGGCGGAUGUGUUGAGCGUUCUUCGUCAGUAUAACAUCCAGAAAAAGGAAAUAGUCGCUAAAGGGGAUGAGGUGAUAUUUGGAGAGUUCUCCUGGCCGAAAAAUGUCAAGACCAACUACAUAAUCUGGGGUACUGGUAAAGAGGGCCAACCCAAAGAGUACUAUACUUUGGACUCCAUUUUAUUCUUGCUGAACAAUGUACAUCUGCCGCAUCCAUCGUAUGUCCGAAGAGCUGCAACAGAGAACAUCCCUGUUGUCAGACGACCGGAUCGAAAGGGAUUGCUGUCCUACCUCAAUGGAGAGAGUUCAACAUCGACGAGCAUUGACAGAAGUGCUCCUAUAGAAAUAGGUCUUCAAAGGCCAACACAAGUGAAAAGAGCAGCUGAUGAAGUAUCUUCUGAAGCCAAAAAGCCAAGGAUUGAAGAUGCAGAACGAGUGCGUCUGGAUAAGGAGCGUCUGGCUGCCCGUCUGGAAGGCCACAAAGAAGGCAUCGUGCAGACGGAUCAGAUCAGAUCACUGUCUGAGGCCAUGUCGGUGGAGAAAAUCGCAGCCAUCAAAGCCAAGAUUAUGGCCAAGAAACGUUCGACCAUCAAAACGGAUCUAGACGAUGACAUCACGCUGAAGCAGAGAAGCUUCGUGGAUGCAGAGGUGGAUGUCACCAGAGAUAUCGUCAGCAGGGAGAGAGUUUGGAGGACCAGGACGACGAUCCUCCAGAGCACUGGAAAGAACUUCUCGAAGAACAUCUUUGCCAUUCUUCAGUCGGUGAAAGCCAGAGAAGAAGGUCGAGCGCCAGAGCAGAGACCAGCACAGAACGCCACCCAAGUGGACCCGUCUUUAAGGAACAAGCAGCCUGUCCCAGCAGCCUACAACAGAUACGAUCAGGAGCGCUUCAAAGGAAAAGAAGAAACGGAGGGUUUCAAAAUCGAUACCAUGGGCACUUACCACGGCAUGACGCUGAAGUCAGUGACGGAAGGAGCAUCUGCUCGGAAAGCCCAGACCCCGGCGCUGCAGCCGGUUCCCCGUCCAGUUUCACAAGCCAGACCUCCACCAAACCAGAAGAAAGGAUCCCGAACCCCCAUCAUCAUCAUCCCUGCUGCCACCACUUCCCUCAUCACAAUGCUCAAUGCUAAGGAUCUUCUGCAGGAUCUGAAGUUUGUUACACCCGAUGAUAAGAAGAAACAGGGCAUCCAGCGGGACAACGAGGUUCUGCUCCAGAGGCGCAAAGACCAGAUCCAGCCCGGCGGCACGACGCUGAGCGUCACGGUUCCCUAUCGAGUCAUCGAUCAGCCGCUCAAACUGGCUCCACAGGACUGCAACAAGCGCCCGAUUAGAAAUGUUAACCUCACUCAUGGCGCCCCUCUAUCCCCUCCAGUUCGAGCUUUCCAUUUGAAAUACGACGAGGCAAAGACCGACCCCAAUGUGCAGAAAUGGGAUGUGACCGUUUUGGAGCUGAGUCGCCACAAGCGCCAUCUGGACCGACCCGUCUUCUUGCGCUUUUGGGAAACCCUCGACAGAUACAUGGUGAAACACAAAUCUCACCUCCGGUUCUGAGCUCAGAUCGCAGUUUCUGUCUGGAACUCCCUAAAACUGAUUCCGCAGCCUUCCAACUCUGUUCAGUCCGGACGUGUUUUCCAAGAAGCUGAAGCCAUCCUCCAUCAUGUAUCCUAUUUUACCCGGAGGAAGAGGAGGUUAUAAUAACAGCCACUGGACUUCCUGAAAACUCCCCCAGCAUUACACUCGGGGAUUUUUCCUUUAAAAACCUGGUAAAGGUUUUCCUGUUUCAGUCCCAGUCAGGUUUCCUGGUAGUUUGAAAAAACAAAAUGUUUUUUAUUUUUAAAAAAAAAAAUGU